AUGUUAAAUUUAUAUUAUUCCGUGCCAGGGCACCCGCGCGGCCGCUCGCAUCCCGCGCGCAAACUCGCAUCCCGCGCUCGCUCCUUCCCGUGUAGGGUCGGGUCAACCCGGCAACCCGCCGAGUCUGGUCCGGGUUCGAAUAUUCGACCCGUUUACCUACCCGGGUUGGCAACCACUUUAUCUGGAUGGUUGUUUCAGCAACUUGGGGAGUUCUUCUAUGAUGAGGAAAAUCAGCAUUUAUCGGAGGACAUGACAUGGACAAAUACAUUCAAGCGAGCUAAGAAGGUCGUAUCAAGGAGUGGGUACUGGUGUAGUAGAGGAUCUGAAACCCCUUAUACUCCAAUCCACCCAGAUUCUACUAAUGAGCAAGGUGUGCCUGUACGUCAUAGGGGGCGCACCACGUGCAUUGACAUACAAAACAUGCGGCUAGGUACACAUGUUUAUAUAGAGGUGAAUGAGAAUAAUGUGCCAAGCAACAUUUCAGAGCCUAUCAUACUAGGUUCAUAUCUAGGUGUCAUUGCUAAAGAUCCAGUACUGGCACCUAUAUCCUUUCCAGAUUUGAGAAAUAAGGGUAUGGAGCUCUUCAAGAAAAAAAUGUUAGCUGAAGUGGAGGUUAUCAAGGACAGAUUAUUAUUAUUGAGAACCAAUAGACUUCACAAAGAUGGCAUCUGGUCAUCUGAAGAUGCUAAAAAAAGAUGUGCGAUUUCAAUCUUGAUACAAGCUUGCGAGCUUUUGGUUGUGGAUGGGCUGACACCAGAGAAUGGGAAUAUGGAGGCUAACGAAAGGGAGUUCAGUAUGAUUCCGAAGUCCUCCUCUCCACAUGCAGCCCACAUGCAAAGAUUAGGAGAAGAAAUUAUAUAUGUAGUUGUUCUUGAAUUUGUUGGCAAGUCUUUGUCAGUCCUGUAUAGUUUACUACUAAACUCUCCUACACAGCACACUCCACUAAUAUAUGAAAUAUGUACAUCAACAUCAAUGAAAUUAUCUAGAAAAUUGAAGGAGGAAAGCAUACUACAAAUUCGGAAAGAAAGAGAGGAAGAAGACAAGAGAAAGGAGAUUGAGAUGUGUGGGGGAUUUUUUGCGUUGUUGAUUGUGUUGUUCAUGGCGAUGGUAAGAGGAGGAGAAGCACAGUUAAGACAGAAUUUUUAUAGAGUUCAGUGCCCAAAUGUCGAGUUGAUUGUAAGGCAGGCCGUAAUGAAGAAGAUGAGCCAAACUUUUGUGACGGUUCCAGCAACACUAAGGCUCUUUUUUCAUGAUUGUUUUGUUGAGGGCUGCGACGGAUCAAUCCUAAUUCAAUCUACGAAGGGAGAUACUGAAAAGGAUGCAAGUGACAAUCUCUCCCUCGCCGGAGAUGGCUUCGACACGGUUAUAAAGGCCAAGCAAGCGGUGGAGGCUGCUUGCCCCGGUGUAGUCUCAUGUGCUGAUAUCUUGGCCAUAGCUGCUAGAGAUGUUGUUCUUAUGUCAGGCGGACCGAACUUCUCGGUCGAACUCGGGCGGCGAGAUGGGCUGGUAUCUCAUCGGUGGCGGGUCCCUGGAAAUCUCCCUACACCCGAGCUCAGCUUUAACUUACUAUCCUGGAUAUUUCGCAAAAAUAACUUAUCGGUCACCGAUAUGAUAGCCCUUUCGGGCGCGCAUACAAUUGGGUUCGCUCACUGCAACCGUUUUGCCAAACGUCUGUAUUCAUUUAAUGCGACCCACAAGGUCGACCCGUCCCUCAACCCAACAUAUGCACGACAAUUGAUGCAGGCCUGCCCGAGGAAUGUGGACCCAAGGGUAGCAAUUAGCAUGGACCCACAAACCCCAAACGUGUUUGAUAACGCUUACUACCGUGAGUUGGUGAAUGGGAGGGGGAUAUUCAGUUCAGAUCAAGUGCUUUUCGGCAAUCCCAUAUCAAAGCCGAUAGUAAACAACUUCGCUUUCAAUCCUCAGAGCUUCACCUCGGCGUUUUCACAAGCCAUGAUCAGACUGGGGCGGGUAGGAGUGAAGACUGGGAAAAAUGGGGAGAUCAGGAGAGAUUGUUCUCGCUUCAAUUGA